ACACGGCGAGUCGGCGACGCGGCCUGGAGACGGAAAAGGGAUCACGCACACCAAUUGUUAAGCAACAGGGUGAACAAGCUUCUAAAAUAAAAAGGAAAGGAAAAAAAAACAGAAAGAAAGCAAAACAGCGUGAAGAUAGCGUCACAUGUGAAAAACCGGAAGCUUAUUGCUUAAUUAAGCGGAUCGGAUCGGGAAAGCAGAGAUCGAGGGUCUACCGUCUCCCUCCGCGCCGCGUCCUCACGCACGAAUCCGCGCUCCGGCCGAGCCCUAGCCACCCCCCGCCCAUUCAUGGUGGGCGGGCCGUGAGUGAGAUCUCUAGGGAGGCUCGUGGUGGGCUUCGUCGGGGCGGGAGGGGAGGGGGAGGAGAUGGGCGGUCGGAACAGCGCCGCCGCGACGCCGGUGCUGCUCAACGUGUACGACCUCACGGCCGCGAACGAUUACCUCUACUGGCUCGGCUUCGGCGUCUUCCACUCCGGAAUCGAAGUUCAUGGCACGGAGUAUGGAUUUGGAGCCCAUGACUUCCCAUCCAGUGGCGUGUUUGAGGUGGAAUCAAAGACUUGCCCUGGUUUUGUCUAUAGAAGAACGGUGUGGCUAGGCACAACAGACAUGUCCCAGGAAGAAUUCCGCACGUUUAUUGAAAAACUUGCGGGGAAGUAUCAUGGGAACACAUAUCAUUUGAUAAGUAAGAACUGCAAUCAUUUCACGGAUGAUGUCUGUCAAAACUUAACUGGAAAACCCAUCCCUUCCUGGGUGAAUAGGCUUGCAAGAGUAGGUUCAGUUUUUGAUUGUCUUCUACCAGAAAGUGUUCAAGUUUCUCCUGUGGGUCGUGUCCCAACUCUUCGUCAAAAUUCUGAUGAUGAAUUGCAUUCAAUACAUUCACCUAUCAUUGAGGACAGUGACAAUGAUGAGGAUGAGGCGAAGCACCUGCUGCCAACUCCAGCCAAUGACAUGCAUUCUGUAGAUGUGCCACCAAAGCUAGCCAAAGAUCUCCUCUGAACUGCUCCAUGCUCAUAGGCAGGCACCUCCCAUACUGUAACUACAAGUGGUGUAGCUGUUGGUGCUAAAGGGAUUUUCUAGAUGGCUUGACGGCAGUACAGUCGAGCUUGCCACUGGUUGUAGCUAUACACAGAUGGAAUUGGCCAUCUUCGAAGAUGAAACUCUUAACUAUACUUGCUGUUUACCAGUUACCACCUGCUUUGCUGUCUUUGUACCGGCAGCAGCAGUUCAGGUGGUUGUCAUCCAUGGUAGAUUGGUAGCAGAUGUUACUGUGUCAUUUAGCAAAGCUGGAAAUUGCAAAUGGGUUCCCAGUAUCUAUUAGGACCAAUGAUGUAAAAUAUAGCCUUAGCGUGAUGCUUGCUGAGCCGAAACUGUGUAAUAAGUUAUCACACAGAACGGGGUUCACGUACAUGUCUACUGAGUAUUAACCUC